AAAACACCAUGGAGACCUAGAGGAUUCUUACUUUCCGGAUUCUUACUCGGAGCUGUAGUUUUUGCGUCCGCCUUCAGCAAUGGCUGAAGGCAACCUGCCUAGGUUGGUGAAGGAAGGGAAGCUCACCCUUCUGAAAGAGGAGGUUGCAAAUGUCCGGGAUGCGAAGAAGAGGCACUAUGGGAGGUCUGGGGACACCCUGCUCCACUACGCGGCCCGGCACGGCCAGCUGAGGAUCCUCGCUUACUUAGUCGAGACCUUAGAAAUGGACAUCGAAGUGUUUAAUAGCGAUUACAAGCGACCCCUCCACGAGGCGGCCUCCAUGGGUCACAGGGACUGCGUCUUGUACCUGCUGAACAGAGGAGCUACUGUCGAUUGCUUGAAGAAAGCAGACUGGACUCCCCUCAUGAUGGCCUGCACCAGAAGGAAUCUAGAAGUCAUUCAGGAUCUCAUUGACCACGGAGCAAACCCGUUACUGAAGAACAAAGAUGGCUGGAGCUGUUUCCAUAUUGCCAGCCGAGAGGGGGACCCUGAGGUAAUCCGGUACCUCCUGGAUGUCUCUCCAACCAUUUGGGACACGGAAAGCAAAAUCAAGAGGACUCCCCUACACACAGCAGCAAUGCAUGGACACCUGGAGGUAGUGGAAAUACUUCUUGAAAGGUGCUGCUACCCACCCGACAGCAGGGACAAAUGUGGCGCCACACCUUUUAUGGACGCGAUACAACACGGGCAUCUUGGCAUCGCCCAGCUGCUUCUAGAGAGACACAAGGCUUGCUACACCGUCCGGGACGCGCUCGGCGCUCAGCCUCUGCACCAAGCCGCGGUCACUGCGCAGGAUCCUGCCCUCCGGUUCCUUGUUUCAGAUCUCGGCGUUGACGUCAAUGCCAGAGCCACAUCGCUGCAGCUCACAGCCUUGCAUUAUGCUGCCAAGGAAGGACAUGCAGGGACAAUCGAGACUCUUCUGUUGCUCGGUGCUGAUCUAAAUGCGAAGGAUGGGAAAAAUCGUACCGCCCUGCACCUGGCAUGCUCAGGCCAGCAUGCUGCAUGCGUGCAAAUUCUCCUGCAAGCAGGGUUGCGGGACACCCCCGACAGUACCGGAACGCACGCACGGCAGCUUGCGAAGAAGCCAGCCCUCCUCCAAAUUUUUGACGAAAUCCCAGUGCCGUCCUGCCCUGUCCAUCAAUAACGGAAGUCGCCUUCACCGGGGACUGCAAGCAGGGCCUUCUCUGCAGUGGCCCCUUGGCUACGGAAUCGAGAUCAGCGAAGCUCCCAUGAGUAGAUGCUGGAGGAUUCCGACAAAGAGACGAAAAUUGCCACUGGUCGCUUGUUUGUCCAGAAAGAAAACAAGCCCUGUUGCUGUUUGCCGUUUUUAAUCCACAAACAAUAUCAAGGACUACUUAUCCUGCAUUUGCAUUGUGUUUCCUCUGCAUUGGAAUGACUGCUGUGGAAUGUCUGCCACACUGGAUAGCGAGCAAAAGAAUGCUGCUUUUUUUUUUGUUGGAAGCUGAAACGCAGUGGAAGAGAAGCGACGCCGCAUGCGAUGGAUGCAAGUCGGAACAGAAAUCAGUCCCUCCUUACAUCCCUCGCUCCCGUUCUCGGUUGCUUUGGGCUGCAGGUCGAGACAUUUUCAUUCCUUUGCAUAGG